GCGGUUGAGGGCGCCGCGGGGUGGGCGGGGGAAGAGAGCGCUUACGCGGACGGAAAGGACGGAAGAAGGACGAAGAAGGCAUCGGGGGUCGAAAAGCCCUGGGGCCUGCGCUGGGGCGGGAGCUGCGCGGUGGGGAAGGAGAGAGCGCCUUCCCGUGUGCUGUGGGCAUUGGUGUUCAGGACCCUACGCUCGAGCUGCGGCCCCAUCCCCUGCCGGGAGCGCUCAGGCUGCCGAGGAGACAAAUCUGGUCUGGAAGCUGAACUCCACCUGCCCUCUGGCACUAACAAAGAUGAGGAAAAGUUGGAGAAGGUGGGGAUUGGAUUCUGGAAGAUGCCUGGCUGACACGGCACAUGAAGGCUUCUUAGCCACAGGAUCAUUGACGACUAAGGCAUAAUCAUUGGCUUCAGACUUACUGACUGAUAGAGGCUGCCUCUGCCCUUCUUUUUCCAGGCCCUGCCUUCCCCCCCAAUGGCAGAGGUGGUAGCAGAGAUGGCUGAGGUGGCCGAGAUGCCAACGCAGAUGCUGCCAGAGGCAGAGGAGAUGUCAACACACAUUUCAGGGGAGAUGGCAGAGAUGUCAACAGAAGUGACUGAGAUGACCCCUGGGGAGGCCCUCGCCUCCUCCCUCUUCUUCCAGCACCACCAGUUCAUGUGCUCUGAGUGUGGCAGCCUCUACAACACCCUGGAGGAAGUCCUCUCACACCAGGAGCAGCAUGUGCCCACUGUUGCGGAGGAGGAGGCACUGACCACCCAGGAUGCAGGCCUGGAGCCAGAGUUAGUGCCAGGUCCUGGGGAUGGGCCUUUCCAGUGUGGUGAGUGCAGUCAGCUCAUCCUCUCCCCUGGUGAGCUUCUGGCCCACCAGGAAGCCCACCUCCAGGAGUCUGCCAGCCAGAUCCAGUACCAGUGUGGGGACUGCCAGGAGCUGUUCCCCUCACCUGAGCUGUGGGUGGCUCAUCGCAAGGCCCAGCACCUUUCUGCAGCAGCAGCCGAGCCUCCAGCACCCCCUCCUCUGCCUCCCCCAACACCACCGCCUCCUCCAUCCGAAGUCAAGAUGGAGCCCUACGAAUGCCCUGAAUGCUCUACCCUCUGUGCCACCCCUGAGGAGUUCUUGGAGCAUCAGGGCACCCACUUUGACUCCUUAGAGAAAGAAGAGCGCAACGGGCUCGAGGAGGAGGAGGACGACGACGAGGAGGAGGAGGGGGAGGAGGAAGACGACGAUGAAGAGACAGAGGAGGAGGAGGAGGCAGCAGAGGUCGGUGACAGUGCCAUGGGAGGCAGCAAGUCUGCAGCCAGCCAGGCCCAGGGCUGUGGGGAUUGUCCCCAGCACUGGACCUCACCAGGGGCACACCGGCAGCACCGGCAGGCGUCCCGUGGCCCAGCAUCAGCAGCCCACCCCUUCCACUGCAGCCAGUGCCAGCGCAGCUUCAGCUCAGCCAACCGACUGCUGGCUCACGGGCGGGCCCAUGUAGGUGGCACCCACGAGUGUACAGCCUGCUCCAAGGUCUUUAAGAAAGCAGCCUCGCUGGAGCAGCACCUGCAGCUGCACCGUGGCGAAGCCCGCUACCUCUGUGUGGACUGUGGCCGUGGCUUUGGCACAGAACUCACGCUGGUGGCCCACCGGCGGGCCCACACUGCCAACCCGCUGCAUCGCUGCCGCUGUGGUAAGACUUUCAGCAACAUGACCAAGUUCCUCUACCACCGGCGCACUCACGCCGGCAAGAGUGGGGCUCCUCCUGCUGCAGCAACAGCCUCCCCAGCAGCAGCCGAGCCUGCGCCCCCACCCCCGCCCCCCGCCCCACCGGCCCAGCUGCCCUGCCCGCAGUGCCCCAAGUCCUUUGCUUCGGCUUCCCGGCUCUCCCGGCAUCGCCGUGCAGUGCAUGGGCCCCCUGAGCGGCGGCACCGCUGCGGUGUUUGCGGCAAGGGCUUCAAGAAGCUGGUUCAUGUGCGCAACCACCUGCGGACACACACAGGUGAGAGGCCCUUCCAGUGCCACUCGUGUGGCAAAACCUUUGCCUCUCUGGCCAACCUCAGCCGCCACCAGCUGACCCACACAGGCGUGCGUCCCUACCAGUGCCUGGACUGUGGCAAGCGCUUCACGCAGAGCUCCAACCUGCAGCAGCACCGGCGGCUGCACCUGCGGCCGGUGGCCUUUGCCCGUGCCCCCCGCCUCCCCAUCUCCGGCCUCUUCAACAAAAGCCCCUACUAUUGCGGGACCUGUGGGCGCUGGUUCCGCGCCAUGGCUGGCCUGCGACUACAUCAGCGGGUCCACGCCCGAGCCCGGACUAUAACACUGCAGCCACCCAGGUCACCACCUCCUGCCCCGCCCCCACCCCCUGAGCCUCAGCAGACCAUCAUGUGCACCGAACUCGGGGAGACCAUCGCCAUCAUCGAGACAUCCCAGCCAUUGGCGCUUGAGGACACGCUGCAGCUGUGCCAGGCUGCACUGGGAGCCAGUGAAGCCAGUGGGCUGUUGCAGUUGGACACAACCUUUAUGUGACACAGCUGAAGGGCAGCAGUAAGGGGGUUUGGUUGCAACAGCAAGUGUGGGCACCUCUGGUAAGAAAGAGGCUCACCCUGCUGGCAAGCUGACCUGGCAACCACUGGGUGCCAGGAGACACCCUGACUUCUUUACCCACUGAGUCCUUAGGACAGCCCUGCCAGGUGUCUGUUGCUACCUUCCUCCGCUGAGGGGAAACCGGAGCUCUACAACACGAUGUGAGCCACCCCAGGUUACACUGCUGAGCUGCAAAGCAGGGUGUGCUAAGGUUCUUUGUGUCACAUCACUCCAAUGCCGGCAUCAUCAGAUAACCUUUACUGGACCUCCUGGGUGCCGGCUCAGUGCUAGGCACCCCGACAUACCUCUCCAGAUCCUCUGCCUGUCCUCCCAGCCCUAGCCUUCCUGGACGUUGGGCACCCAGACUUGACCCCACCUGGUGGGAGAAGGUACUUGGCUUCCCCGGGCUUCCUUAAUCUCAAUUUUGACAACAUAGAAAAGCAAUCUCUAGGUACCCAGGGACGAGUCCAGCGAGGGCUCUGCCCUCCGGGGGCAGGUGCUGUCUGGUGGGAGGCACGUGCACAAGUACAGGUGGCCUUGGUCUCUGAGUGCAUCUCGUGUUCAUUCAGCCUGUGCGUCCCGACACUUCCCUUCUUUGUGCUGGGGGCCAGACAUGAGUCAGGCCCUAAACCCUGCCCUUGAGCAGACAGAUCUCAGACCCCCAGGAUCCUCAGGGCUGUGGUGGGCGAGUACAGGGACGGUGGAAUCCCAGAGCAGAGGACAAAACUCUGUGGUGAGAGGUUAGGAGUCAGGGAAGCCUUCCUAGGGGAGGUAGUCCUUAAACAACAAUAGGAAGCUGCUAGUGGAAGAGGGUGAGUUCUUGGUCUAUUUGGAGCCCAUCCAAUACUUUGCAGCAGUAAGAGCAGCAGAACAUGUGACUGCCUAGCUGUGACAGGCCCCACACUUGCACUCUGCAGGAAUCAGGACCGUAACAGGCCAGGAGCCAGAUCGCAGUAUUAUCCCUGCUGGAUGAAGUAACUGGGACAGAGACUUGCCCAAGGUCUCACACACAGCUAGGCUGAGGCACUGCUGAGAUGCAAGCCCAGGUUGUCCCUCCAGUCCAUGUUCAUAACCAGUUCCAUUCCGAGUGAUGGAGACCUGAAACCCAGGGCAAGGGUGUCAGAGGAUUGUUUCACUCACUGGAGGAAGAGUUGUUAUCACAGGGCAGUUGGGAUUUAAUGGGCUCUUGGUGGAUAGAAGGCCUUGGGAGCAGGAAGGGAUCCCCAGUUUCCUCAUAGGUCACCUGGGAGGGGGUGACAGUCCCUGGCCCCCUAAAUGGAAGCAGAUGAUUUACACCAGGUCCGUGGGGCAGGCUUCUCCCAGGCCUGCAGACCCGGGUGCUCAGGCAGGUGAGGCAGCGUGGGCAGGGCUGGGAGCUGU